AUGUCUCAACCCUCCACACCAAUGCCAUCCCUACGCAAUCCGCUCACGCUCAUCGUCGCGACAACCCCAGUCACAUCUACUCAAACAGGGACGACAAAAAGAACCCUUCUCGGCAUCGGCAAGAAUGGCACCUUACCCUGGCCACGCAUCAAAUCCGACAUGAACUUUUUCGCGCGCGUGACGACACGGAGUCCAGAAACAAAACUCAACGCGAUGAUCAUGGGUCGAAAGACGUAUUAUUCAGUACCAAAAUCUCUGAGACCGCUCAAGGAUCGAUUAAACGUGGUGGUUACGCGAGAUGCCACGGGGAGCGUCAAGGAUGAAGUUGAAAAGGAUGUUGCGCGACAGAAAGAGAAAGAUGCCGAGAAGGGAGGAGACAAAAAACUACCUCAACGCGAUGCGCUUGUCUCGGGCGGACUGGAGGAUGCGCUUACUGCGCUUGCACAGAGAUCUACUGGCGAUGAUGUUGAGAAUGUCUUUGUGAUUGGCGGUGGCGAGAUAUAUGCUUCUUCUCUACGGCUUUCUGGUGCGUUUGGAGCAGGAUUGAGGAUUCUAAUGACUCGAGUAGUCAAGAAACAGAUUGCCUCUGGCGAAAAAGAUGAUGGGGAGUUUGAUUGUGAUACGUUUUUCCCGCUUUCGGAUGACGAUUUGAAUGAUGCUGAGAAAUGGCGAGAGGCUAGUGCUGCAGAAGUCUCGCGCUGGGUUGGAGAGGAGGUUUCUCCGGACUGGACUGAUGAUGGCGAUGUUUCUAUCAAGGUGGUUGGAUAUGAGAGGUUAUCUUGA